GCAGUCCACCGUUGUAUAUCGUCACGGUCAUUUCACACUCUUUACCGUCUAUACUCUACACCAACAGCAUAUCUACUUCAAAACGGCAAACCCCUAAAUCACAAACCCUAACCAACCGAUUUUCCUCCGAGACAUCCAUGGAUCCACUCUUCCAUGUUCUCAACGUCCUACCUUUCUCCUUCCUCCGGCCACCGCGUCUCCGCCUCAAACUCCCAACCAUAACACUCCCUUCCCCUAUGACUGUCUUCUCCCUCGUCCUCCUCACUUACUUCAUGGUUGUCUCAGGUGUCGUCUACGAUGUCAUCGUCGAGCCUCCAGGCAUCGGAUCGACUCAAGAUCCGCGUACUGGCACCGUCCGACCAGUGGUUUUCAUGUCCGGCAGAGUCAACGGGCAGUACAUUAUUGAAGGACUUUCUUCCGGCUUCAUGUUUGUGCUAGGCGGAAUGGGAAUUAUACUCAUGGACCUCGCGAUCUCCCCGAAUCGUGCCAAGAGUCUGAAGAUCUCGUUCGCUGGUGCUGGGAUCUCGUUCGUGGUUAUUGCCUAUGUGAUGAGUAAUUCAGCUAAUUGAAGAGAAAACUUUUCGAAAGGUUGUUCGAAGGUUUCAAUUGCUUUCAUCGCUUGCGGAGUGAUUUCACUGUCUAUUAACGAAUAGAUAAUGAAAGUUUUACUGGCGUAAUUCACUCUGAUUCUUGACUUUUGAUCUUUAUCGUUGUCUAUGUGUGAUGAUGCUAAACAAACACGGGCGAGUGUAAAAAUUAGAUGAUCCUGUGCUGGUGAUUCUCGUGGUAGAUCAUCUUUUGUUGGUUUUGAGCCGUUGUUUAUUCCCAUGUUUGCGAAAGUAAUACUUGGGACAAUUAGUUGAGAGUCUUCAUAAAAAAUUGGAUAGCUAGAAUGCAUUUUAAUGAAUAAUCCUCUUUCCUGUUUUGCAAAUCGUAUUUUAUAAUUUCUGAUGAUAGUUUGCACAACAGAAGGGAACUCGCUGAUGCAGUGUAAAUUGGUGCCUUCUAGAUAGAUGGUGUCGAUAAAUCCAUGAAUAAAAUAAUCCCAUAAAUUCAUAGGAUUUGAUAAGUCGGCUAAGAAAACUGCUUUAGGACCUGGACGUCUGGCUACUGGGUAAAAGCCCAUC